AUGACUGUAGCAAUUGAAAGGAGAAGCCGCAGACCAGCGGAUAGAACUAGUGCUAAAGAGUUUGCUGAAGCAAUCAAUGUGGUAGGUCUGAUUGACGCGGGUUUCUCUGGAAACCGCUUCACUUGGUGCAAUAAUCAAGGCGGUACGGGCAGAAUUGCCCAGAUGGAAGGAGCUCUAGUUGACAUUGAGAGCAGAAUGCAAGAAGUUCCACCAGGAUCUGCCAUGGACAGCGACUUGCAAAAGGAAUUUAAUGAUUUUUCUUCUAAUAUUACUCUUGCUACAGAAAAACAAAGAAAAGCCCAGAUCAGUAGCAUCUCUCUCCCAUCUGGGGAAACCAUUGUGGACCAGGCCUUUAUCAAGUCUACUACAGUCGAACAUUUUGUGCAAUACACGGCUGUCCCAUCAACAGAUCGUUCUCAGCUGCUGGAUUUCAUCCCUUCGCUACUUACUCAACAGGACAACGUUAACCUCAUGGUUGUUCCCUCCAUCCAGGAGGUCUACCAAGCAGUCCUUUCCAUCCCCAUGGAUGGAGCAGCUGGGCCAGAUGGUUUCUUCGGAGCUUUCUUCGCAGGUUGCUGGCCCACCAUCGCCCAGGAUAUUCAUAAUGUAGCAGUUUAUGUGUUCAAAGGAGGGGUCAUCCUGAGAGCCAUCAACGCACCACUAAUUUGUCUAAUUCCGAAGUCGGCCUCUCCAUCGAGCUUCUCGGACUUCCACCCCAUAAGUCUAUGCAAUUCUCUCUAUAAGAUCAUGGAAAAAUUCAUGUCCUCCAGGCUGAGUAAUGUCCUGCCCAAAUUGAUCUCCUCAGAACAAGGGGCCUUCAUCCAGGGACGCCUGAUCUCUGAAAAUAUAGCUCUUGCCCAGGAGUUAUUCAGAGAAGUGAACAGGAAAACCCGAGGAGGAAACAUAGUUCUUAAAGUGGACAUGGAAAAGGCUUAUGAUAGGGUGGAUUGGGCAUUUCUCAAGCAAGUUCUUCUCCGUUUCGUGGCAGAGGUUCUUAGCCGUGGGCUUAAAGCAUUACUGUCCCAAGAGCUGGUUCUUCCGUUCAAGUUGAGAAGAGGAUGCCCGCAGAUUUCCCAUCUUCUCAAUGCGGACGACACGCUACUUUUCCUUAAUGGCUCGUUGUCGUUGAUCAGGGUCAUGAAGGCCUUCCUUGACUCCUACCAGGAGGCCUCUGGGCAGUCCAUAAAUCAACGUAAAAGCUCCUUUAUCUAUGCCAACAAUCUCACUCCAACAAGAAUUAGAUCGAUUGAAAGAGCUCUCGAGAUUUCAAAGGCGGCUUCCCCACUAACUUACCUCGGUGUUCCCCUUGCAGUAGAUAGACUGAAAUCAGUAGCGUUCCAACCUCUUCUAGACAGAGUGGAGGCUCGCAUCUCAGGGUGGCAGGCGAGGUUACUCUCCUAG